CGGUUCAGUCCAGCUACGGUCUCAGCAGCGGCAGCAGCACCGACUGUAGUGGCCGACCAGUGAAUAGUUAGUACAGAGAGGAAACAGCAGACGCGGCUGAUGCGUCAGGGGGACACAUGAAAACAAAUACCUCUAUCUCUUGUGGAUUAUUUCUGGGACAACCAUCAAUGAGAGAGGCGGUUUGAUCGACUGUCGAGGAUCGGCUGAACGGCUCCUUUCUUUCAGGAAAACACUACUGGAUGUUGUUCCUCCGCCUCCUGCUAAGGUUGGCUAAAACAAAGAGCCGAUAAUGCACGGCACCUGUUCUCCGAACUUGCCAACUUCCUGCUCCUAAAGGAAGAGGCUGUGUCAGCAUGUCCUCUCAUCCCCAGUCAGUGCCGCCUGCCCGCAGGACUGUGGACACCAGGCACCUGCCAAACCCCGCCACUCUCCCUCUGCAGCUACAAAGGGCACACACGGAAGUAGGACUGGUUGACUAUCACUCUCCUCAUGCCAGGGACUACAGCUCUCAUCUAGCUCAGCCCCACCGCCGUCGGCCCUCCUUACUUCUGGAAUUCCAGCCUGGGAAUGAGAGGGGACAGGAGCAGCAUAUCCGCUACGAGCACAUUUAUCUACCCGAGCCGAACAGCCAAUCAGAGGUGGAUUAUGCUGAGAUCAAAAGGCCACGACUGGAGAUUGGAUCAGAGUCACUUUUGAGAGCCUCGACCCACCGACCGCAGCUCCCACUGAGCACAGCCGAGGACAUAACCAAGGAUCGUGGGAGUGCCAUGGGAAAACUAGAGCCAAUCUCUCCGGUCAGCCCGGUUCACAUGGAUGCCGACUUGAACAUGGUCCCGGCUCGGUUUUCUAAAGAGGAGCUGAUCCAGAACAUGGACCGCGUGGACCGGGAAAUUACCAUGGUGGAACAGCAGAUCUGCAAGCUUCGCAAGAAGCAGCAACAGCUGGAGGAGGAAGCAGCAAAGCCACAUGAGCCAGAGCGGCCGAUUUCACCGCCGCCCAGCGAGGCCAAGCAUCGCAGCUUGGUGCAGAUCAUCUACGAUGAGAACAGGAAAAAAGCUGAAGAAGCUCACAGAAUACUGGAGGGACUGGGACCCAGGGUUGAACUGCCUCUGUACAAUCAGCCUUCGGACACCAAGCAGUAUCAUGAGAACAUUAAAAUAAACCAGGCAAUGAGGAAGAAACUCAUCUUGUAUUUCAAACGGCGAAAUCAUGCUCGUAAGCAGUGGGAACAGAAAUUCUGCCAGCGCUAUGACCAGCUGAUGGAAGCCUGGGAGAAGAAGGUGGAGCGCAUCGAAAACAACCCACGGCGUCGAGCCAAGGAGAGCAAGGUUCGGGAGUACUACGAGAAACAGUUUCCAGAGAUCCGCAAGCAAAGAGAGAUGCAGGAGCGGAUGCAGAGCCGUGUCGGGCAGCGCGGUGGUUUGGCCUCAUCUGCUGCUCGCAGUGAGCAUGAGGUCUCCGAAAUCAUUGAUGGACUAUCAGAGCAUGAGAACACAGAGAAGCAAAUGCGUCAGCUGGCGGUUAUCCCCCCGAUGCUGUUCGACGCUGAACAACAGCGGAUCAAGUUCAUCAACAUGAACGGAUUGAUGGACGACCCCAUGAAGGUGUACAAGGAUCGGCAGGUCAUGAACAUGUGGAGCGAGCAAGAGAAAGACACGUUCAGAGAGAAGUUCAUUCAGCACCCCAAAAACUUUGGUCUGAUUGCAUCUUUUCUUGAGAGAAAGACGGUAGCCGAGUGUGUGCUUUUUUACUAUCUGACCAAAAAGAAUGAGAACUACAAGAACAUUGUGCGAAGGAGCUACAGACGCAGAGGAAGAAGUCAGCAUGGCCAGCAGCAGCAACAGCAGCAACAGCAAGUGAACCGAAACAGCCAGGAAGAGAAGGAGAAGGAGAAAGAGGAGAAGGAAAAAGAGGGAGAGAGGGAUGAAUAUAAAAAUGAAACAGAAGAUAAAGAAGAUGGAAUGAAGGAUGACACAUCAGGAGAAGAUGCAGAGGACAAAGAACCUACAGUUGCGAUCAAGGGUCGCCGCACAGCAAACAGUCAGGGGCGCCGCAAGGGCCGCAUCACCCGCUCUAUGACCAGUGAAGUGGAGGAGACGACCACACCACCCCUCAACAAUGAGCUUGCCAAUCUGGAGAUGAAUGAGAGCUCUCGUUGGACAGAAGAAGAAAUGGAAACUGCCAAAAAAGGUCUUCUCCAGUAUGGGAGGAAUUGGUCUGCUAUUGCCAAGAUGGUGGGAUCAAAAUCUGUGUCACAGUGCAAGAACUUCUACUUCAACUACAAAAAGAGGCAAAAACUGGAUGAAAUCCUGCAGCAGCAUAAAAUGAAAUCGGAGAAGGAGCGGAAGGCCCGCCGUCGGGGUAAAGCCCUCCAGAAUGAAGAGACCAGCACCACAUACCCAGCAGAGGAGGAAGAGAUGGAGGGCUCAGGGGCAAGCGGCAAUGAAGAAGAGGCCCAGGAAGAUGGGGAAGGUGGCGCCAACAACAGCUCUGACACAGAGAGUCUGCCCUCGCCGCAUUCAUCGGAGGAUAGCAAGGCUAAGGAGGAAGGUUCAGCCAGGUCCAAAGGCAGCGGGGACAAGGAGGUAGCUGGAUCCGACGCGGGCCAAGCUGGAGAGGGGAAAGCCUCUGUGAAGGAGGAUGGGGAGAUGCUGGUCAAGGAGGAAAUAAAAACUGAAAGUGGGGAAAAUAAUAAGGAGCAGAUCCCGCCGCAGCCAACCACUGAUUCUGCCGACAAAAAACCUCAGACUGUGGACGGCGAGGAAGGAAAGAGUUCUAAGAGCUCUAAAAAGGAACAUGGGGCUAAAACAGGAUCCCAUGGAGACAGUGACUCGAGUGCAACUUGCAGUGCCGAUGAAGUGGAGGAGACAGAAGCUACAGAGAAGAACAGGAUUACUUCUCCACGGCCAAGUUUACUCAACUACACCCAUGACGGGGUCACAUCCUCCCCGCUGCAGAAGCCAUUGGACCUCAAGCAGCUUAAACAGAGGGCAGCCGCGAUACCACCUAUAGUGAUGGACGCAUCGGCACAAGGCAGUCAGCGAGGGGGCGGUGUGAGGUCGGUGUUGCCACCCCACGCUCUGGCACUGUAUCAGCAGCAGAUCACAAUGGCACAUGGCGAGUCAUCCCAGGAGGUCAAACAGCAGCUUUCUGGAUCAGCCGCCAAACAGCAGUCGUACAACCAGCAGGCUGAAAGAGAUAGGGAGGCUCUUCAUAGCAGCAGCCCCCGAGUCCGCACACGUAGUCCACCCGGCAGUGAGAAAGACGAAAAGCCCCGCUCAUUCUCUCCGCACGGUGAAGUCAAGAAACAGUCAGCAGAUGACCUUAGAUCCUCGAACAUGGGUCGGUCAGUUCUUUCUCCAUAUCCCAUAUCUCCCAGGGACAUGGCCAAAAUCAAUCAUGAACAGCAUCUGCUCCACUUCAGCUCGUUCCCACAUUCUGGUCACCCACAAGACAGUCGACCGGCAGCAGUACGGCCUCUCAUGAUGCCGGAGCCACCUCCUCUGAUCUCCUCAAGCAAGCCAGGGGGCUCCAUAACGCAGGGAACCCCAGUGCAGUUGCACAGCCCAGCUCAUGGUUUAGACCAUGGCAAGAUGGGACUGUCAUGGAUGGAUCAGAGAAAACUUGGUGGUCCUUUCCCUGUGGUAAAGCAGGAACAGCUCUCUCCUCGCAGCUUGUCCUCUCAAGCCGACAACCUGUCGACUGCGGGGCAUCAUGAUGCUGGAAGAGUUUCCAUUCCUGCUGUUCAGGGAGGCAGUAUCACUAAAGGCAUACCUGGGACCAGAAUGCAUCCAGACUCCUCAUUCUCCUACCGAGGGGGCUCUAUAACUCAGGGGACACCUGCUGACGUGCUGUAUAAGGGAACAAUCACUCGACUGAUCACGGAGGAGAGCGUAAGCCGAGCAGAGAGGGAACGAGAAGGUCAUGUGGUCUACGAGGGACUAAGUGGACACAUUCUCACAUACGAUCGCCCUCCUUCUCAGACACCUAAAGAUGAGGACCGUGGACAGUCGGGGGAAAUUCUUGGUCUUAAACGUCCCUAUGAUGUAAUGGAAGGUGGGAUCUCCAGAGGACUGCCUAUGAGGGACUCACUGUCUGCUGCCAAUUGCGAAGGUCUGAUUGGUCGAGCCAUGCCUCAUGACAGGGACAGUCCUCGACACGCGUCUUACAAAGAUGCUCACCACAUCCGCGGUUCCAUCUCACAAGGUAUUCCCCGGCAUCUGGACCAUCAGGACGGCUACCUGAGGAGGGAGGCCAAGCAGAUGAAGAGAGAAGGCUCGCCAACACGUGGGACAGGCUCUCUGUCUGACCCAUUAAAGAGCAGAGAGGCCAUGGUGCCAACAGUAAAGGAGGGUGGCCGCUCCAUACAUAUCAUUCCCCCGGAUGAGCUCAGACUGCCAUCUAAGGAGGGAACGGCCAUGAAGCAGGAGGCUGGUCCUGGAAAACGUCACGACGUACGCUCGAUUAUCGCCAGUUCUCCACGGUCCUAUCACAACGCACCUUCUCACAUGGACAUGCGCGGUGAGAGAGGUCGUUAUGAAGAGACCCCCAAAGGUCGGCCCAGCGCAGUGGUCAGCUCCGCUAGUUCCAUACCUCGCUCUUCUCCUCUGACCCUGGGAUCAGACCCGGGUGGCAAGGCACAUCACAGUCCUGUGGGUUAUGAUGAGAAAGGCGCUUUGAGGACAUCGUACCCUGGACCGUCGCACCGUGGCUCACCUUUGUCCAGAGAGUCAGGCCAAAGGCAGCAUGAAGGUUCUGGCAAAAAAGAUUCCCAGGAGCGCAAAGCCACCCCAACUCCCAGGGACAUGAGUGCCACCAAGUCUCCGCUCCCCGUGGAUCAGCAGACAUACGAGCGUCUGCUGCUCGGAGCUGCAGAUGUUUAUCGGCAAAUUCCUCUACCGUUCGAUCCUGCUACUCUACCCCGAGGAAUCCCCAUAGAUCCAGCCUACUACCUUCAGCGCCAUCUAGCCUCGAACCCAGCCUACCCUCACCCCUACCCCUACCUCAUCCGGGGCUUCCCGGACACUGCAGCUCUCGAAAACCGCCAGACGAUUCUCAACGACUACAUCACAUCUCAGCAAAUGCAUCAGUGGCCUGCUCCAGCUGCAAUGGCUGCCCAGCGCACUGACAUGCUGAGGGGUCUCACUCCGCGUGACCAGCCCCUACCUAUGCCCUACUCUCCAGCUCCACGUGGCAUCAUCGAUCUAUCUCAGGUGCCCCACUUACCUGUCCUGGUCCCUCCCUCUGCAGGGACAGCAGGCUCCCCAAUGGACCGCAUCCCUUACAUCCCAGGGGGAAGUGCCACCUUCCCAGGCAGACCAUAUCCUACCUCUCCCAUCUCCCCAGUUGGGUCUUCGCACAUAAGCAAAAUGCAAGCUUCUUCGGAGCGUGAACGUGAAAGAGACCGUGAACGUGAUAGAGAACGUGACCGGGAGAGGGAUCGAGAACGGGAGAGGGACCGGGAGAGAGAACGCGAUCGUGAGCGUGAGAGGGAUCGAGACCGUGACAGAGAAAAGGGAGGGUCUCUUGGAAAUGUGGAGCAUGCCCCAAUCUGGCGACCAGGUACCGAGCACAGCUUGGCUAGCAGCAGCAGCAGCAGCAACAUUGUGCGACCUUCCUCACAAACGUACAGCCAUCAGCAUUCCCCGGUGUCCCCUCGUAAUCAGGAGACUGUGCAGCAGAGGCCGAGUGUCCUGCACAACACGGGCGGCAAGAGUCUCCCCGUUGACCACUCCAGCGCCUCAGUCCUACGAUCCACACCUUCUGCGUCAUCGCGCUACCCAAACUAUCCCGGACAAUUUCAGAGGACCGGCGUGCCCCCCGAGGCCUAUCAAGCCGUUAUGGACUCCAAAGAGCCGAGUCGUGAAGGAAGCAAAAGCAGAGGGAGUCAACACAAACACACACAGGACCUACAUGGUUCCGCUGGAAAACCCGACCCCAAGCUGUCAAGCCCAAGCCCAGGCGGAAUGUACCCUGGCUCCUACCCCUCCUCUGCUGUCCGGCCGCACCUGCUGCCUUCUCAGUCGGAUAACCCUCCCAGUCGCGGUGAAGGUGGUACACCUAGUAGGGAAAAGACUCAAAACAAACCGAUGUCCAUUCAGGAACAAGAGCUCCGAGCACUCGGUAAGACAACCAUGACUGCGGCCAACUUCAUAAACGCAAUUAUUAUGCGUCAAAUUUCUUGUGAAACGGGGAUGGCAGAGACGGGCUCGCUCGUUCCCAACGGCGCCACUGAUGCUCAGCAGAAGGCGGAGCCUCUCGGUCUGUACGGCCCGCCGUCCGAGGACAGACUGUCUCCUACUCAACAGCCGCCUUCUCCCUGCGUCAAAGGCAGUCAGAGAGUGGUCACUCUGGCUCAGCACAUCAGUGAGGUGAUCACUAAAGAUUACACUAGGCAAAGUCAACAGCAACAGCAGCAGCAACAGCAGCAAGGCUAUCAUGGUUCUCCCGUCCUGGACUUGACCCGUCCACCCAGUGCCUCCCAGCCUCCGCCCAACCCGCAGGAUUCUGUCCAAGUGUCCCGCUAUCAAGAUGGUAUUGGUGGGGAACGUAACCGAGACAGGUCCCCUCCUCAGUCCAAGACGUCACCCACAAGUGUUUCGAAUGACUGCAUUGAGCCGGUGUCUCCUGCUGCAGCCAACUCUGAGCCAGAAGUGCAGGGAGGAGCCUCGUACCCGACCGAGCAGGGGGAGCAGGGAACGGGCUCUCGUUCUCCCCCCAACGCCUCGCAGCCUCCAGCUUUCUUCAGCAAGAUGACAGAGAGCACGUCAGCCAUCGUCAGGAACCAGAAACAGGAGAUGAUCAAGAAGAGGACUGUGGUUGGAAAUGAAGGGGAUUUCAACGCUGGCCAGCCGGGGACAGAGAUCUUCAACAUGCCUGCGUCGACGACCUCAGGACCUGUGAGCGUCCGCAGCCACCCUCCUCCAGAGGCACCGGGUAACUCCAUUGGUCUGGAGGCCAUCAUAAGAAAGGCCCUGAUGGGCAAAUUCGACGACCAGUCUGAGGAACGUCCUCCAUCCAACGCUGCUAAUCUUGCUAGCAUGCCUGCUGCUGAUGGACGGGCUGACGACUGCUUCUCCCAAGGUGGAGCCAAAUCCUCAAAAGGUAACGGGCGCACCAACGGACGCAAAGCCAAGUCUCCAGGACCAGGUCUGUCUGGGGGGGAGAGGCCCUCCUCGGUGUCGUCUGUCCACUCAGAAGGAGACUGCAACAGAAGAACUCCUCUCACCAACCGUUGGGAGGAACGACCCUCAUCCACAGGUUCAACUCCGACUCCCUUCCCGUGUAACCCCCUGAUGAUGCGUUUCCCCAGUGGAACAGUGUCGGUGCCCUCUCCUGGUCAAGCGACCAGUCAAGGACAGAGUCAGGGGUCGGGGCAGGGCCGACCCUGGGAGGAGGAGCCCAAACCUCUGCUCAUGUCUCAGUACGAGACGCUGUCCGACAGCGAGUGACCCGGAACUCUGUAACCAUAGUAACAGGAGCCGUUCCAAGUCCAAAGCCGUCAGCCACCUCACGCGCAUCUGCCGAGGCACCUGCCAUGACGACAUUCCAUUCUCCGUUGCCUCCACCCGUUCACCUGUAGUCUCGCGUCCGUCAGUCACCAACCUGAAACCUGAGCACCAACAGGCCGGAACAUUGCUGCUCUGUGUGUUUCGCAUGUUUCACUCCAGGACUCGUCCACUGGACAAAUCACUUUUUUUUACUUUCGUACUUUUCCUCACUGGCCUUAUCAAAACAGACAUUGCACAAUGUGGUGCACAGCUCUGGCCUGCUCACUCCUGUGUGGACGGCUGCUCCCGGGACGGAUGUGUCUUCACGGUGCAGGCGGUGCACUGCUACCACUACAAGAACACAUGGAGGAGACUUGGUUCUGUUGUUUUCGGUUCUGUUCCCACUUUCGAAUUGAGUCCUGUGCUUGGAAGGUGAGCGCAGACUUUUAGUAUAUUUCGGUGGUAAACUUUGAUGGUAAUGUUUGUUGUCUAUUUGCAAUGAUGUAUUUUUUGGGAUGGGAGGGAAGAGAAUGUUUUAUGGGGGGGUUCUAUUGGUUUACAGGGUAAACAAUGCUGUCGAUUGCUGAUGUCAUCAUUUAUUACUGUCCUGAGUUGCAGCGGAGACCUGUCGACGUCAGGAAUUCAUGUGCAGAGAGAUGGCGCUGAGACAAGUGACACUUUCUCACGGUUUUUAUAUUGACCAUGUGUGUGUUUUUGGAAAUGAAGCACUUAGUUGUCAGUCGGGUCACAAUGGCAUUUUCAGCAGGACUUGGUUAGAAGUGGACUCAGUUUUUUUCCCCCUCCUUUGGGGGGAGGGGCUUCCCUCGAGGACCUCUCUUUUAAGGUUUUCUCCCUCAAAGCGACGAUCAAAAGUCGAAAACGGCUGUUGCUUUGAGCCCACGCCGACCCAAAACUGAAACUGCUUUAAAGGUCUGAUCAUCUCGGCAACUUUUCUCUGGUUGAAGAGGUGAAUAAAAAGCCAUCUUUCUGAAAACUGACAGAACCCCACAUUUGAGCUGUUGUGACACUCUGACCUUUAACCUCCUGCUGCCUAGUAAAGGAGUCUGAGCUCCUUCUCCUGGUUGUUUUUGUACAGAUAUUCUUAGUGUUAAGUGCCAUUUAUUUUACAAACAGUUCAAUGUGACGCACAACUUUUUUCUUUUUUUUUAACCAGAGCCCCCUCCCCCUUCGAUGCAGGUAAAUCAAUAGAGCAAGCAUAUACAAUUAAACGUCCAAUAUAAUGCAAUCCUCGCCUUAGUUUUAAGCUUGCGGUUGUCGCCCAAACACCGAUUCCAAGCACGAGUUUAUGUCAACACAAGUCCACGGAUUGUAGGUGAGAGUCGUUCUGUGUCUGACGUUAAACCAAACUGGUGUGGUGAAAGAGACUUUUUUUGCUCAUGGUCAUAGUGAAGAUGACAUCAUCACCAGUGACUGUUAUGAGGCUGUGUGCCUCCUCUGGGGUUGUGGAUGUCGGCGGUACGUGCAUCUCCACCACGGUUGGGUUUGUGCUCUCCUGUCUUGUUACGCAUCACAAAAGCCAGGGAUUGUUAAUGGCUCUGCUUCAUCAUUGAUCCACUGGAAGAGUUCAAGAAUGUGUCCGUAAUCAGACUAAGCCAUAUCCAGCUGUUCCUACAAAGAUUGACAAACUAACUCCUUCUUUUUAAAGUGUUCUGAUUUUAAACAUGCAUUGUUUUUUUUAAGGCAAAAGCUCCACAGUCAUUUCAUCAGGAAGCAGGUUGAUUGUGCUUAAAAGACUGAGCGGUGGGGCUGUGACAGGAGGGGAGGGGUGAUGAAAUCUAGAUCAUUGUUCAGCCAUUUUGUUCUUUCUUUUUUAUUAUAACCCUGUAUAAUAGCAAGGAUUGUAUAUAAAACUGAAGAGAUGUACAUAUUUAUGUGGCUUGCUUCAAGGUUGGUAUUAAAAAAUAUUCACACAGUAAAAUUCUACAUGCCCACCAGCAAGCUUUGUGGAUAGCAGUGUAAAAUUGAAAAAACAGAACAAAAAAACAAAAAAGACACUGCCUUAAUGUUUAAAUAAAAGCUUAUUGCCAUUGAUGGUGUCCAGGUCUCUUUAUU